AUGUCUUUCUCUCUUUAUAUCUAUCUAUCUAUCUAUCUAUCUAUCUAUCUAUCUAUCUAUCUAUCUCAUAUUAUAUUAUACAAACCAAUGGAUUCUGUAGCAUAUUCUUUUCCAACUCAUGUUUUCAAUUUUAAAUGUCUUCCUUUCUAUUCUGUUCUUCUCUCACAAUUCUUUUUAACUGCAUCCUUUGCCUUUUCAUCACUCUCUCUAUUCUUUCUAUCUCUCCUUUUUCUGCUCUCUUCCCCCCUUGUCUUCUCAAUCUUUUUUUUUUUUCCUUUCAAUCUGCCUGUUUUCUCUUUUUCUAUGACCGCCAAUUUCUCCUCUCUCCAGGUUAUUUUCUUCUCACUCUCUUUCUCUUCUCUCUCGUCUGCUCACCCACAUUGUCUAUUACUCUCUCUCUCUCUCUCAUUUUUUUCUGCUUUAUACUCACAUUUCUUCUUCUUCUCCUUUCCUAUCACUUUAUUUAUCCCUUCUCUCUCUCCUCUCUUUAUUUCAGUUAUUCUCUCUUCUCCCUUUCGUAUCCCCUCCCUUCAAUUAUUAUUCUCUCUUCUGUCUUUCUUUUUCUGUUCCUUCAAGUUCUCUCCUCUCUCUCUCUCUCUCUCUUUAUUUCAUUUAUUUUUCUCUCUUUUUCCUUUCGUUUCCUCUCCCUUUAAGUUCUUUAGCCUUUCUCUCCUCUCUCUCUUUAUGUCAUUUAUUACUCUCUCUUCUUCCAUUCGUUCCCUCUCCAUUCAAGUUCUGUCUCCUCCCUCUCCUCUCUCAUUAUUUCAUUUAUUAAUAUGUCUUCUGUCUUUCUUUUCCUAUUCCUUGCAUUUCUUUCACCUUUCUCUCCUCUUUCUUCAUUCCAGUUAUUACUCUCUCUUUUUCCUUUCGUUUCCUCUCCCUUUAAGUUCCUUCUACUUUAUCUUCUCUCCCGUUAUGUCACUUAUUAUUCUCUCUUCUUCCUUUCAGUUAUUAUUCUUUCUUCAUCUUUUCUUUUUCUCUCCCUUCAAGUUCUUUCACCUUUCUCUUCCCUCUUUAUUUCAUUGGUUAUUCUCUCUCCUUCUUUUCGUUUCUACUCCCUUCAAGUUCUUUCGCCUUUUUUGUUUAGAUUUUCUGUUUUCUCCAUAUAUAGACAUAUAG